AUGCUUUAUACUUCCCUCGAUUGUGCAAAUUUUUCAUCAAAUAUUUAUGAUCUCCAUAUUAGAAAUGCAACUAUUGACAUAUUAGAUGUAAGUGAAGUUAAAUGGAAAAAUCUAAAAUCCUUAUCAAUAACUGAUGGACAAAUAAAUCGUGUUGAAGGUCAAUUUCUUAAUGAUACUAAAAUUUCUUGUUUGAAUUUAUCAAACAAUGCUCUUACAGACAUUGAGAAUAAUUUUAUGAGUCAAUUAAAUUAUUUAAAGCAUCUUGAUUUGUCUUACAAUAAUAUCACUCAUUUACCAGCAUUAAAUGAAAAACUUCAUACAUUGGAUAUUUCGGGAAUAAAUACAAUUUCAUGUACGGAAAUUGCAAGUACUAUAGAUACAAAUAAAAAUUAUUCACGAUGGUUAUCGUUUAUUCAUAGAAAUAAAAGUGUUUGCUCAGCUUACAGUAACUAUGUCUGGUUUAAUGAAACUGAGCAAUUAUCACUCGAAGAACUUCGUAAUAUUGGAAAUCUCCUUUCAAAAUGUCCAAGAGGUGAAAAUUGGCACUGCAAAUGUAAUUUUAACAGAAUGGUAUUAUUCGCAAAUAACGUAUCAGUAAGAACUGUUGAUGUUGAUUGCAGCAAUAACAAUUUGACUGAAUUACCUAAAGAACUUCCUCCUUAUACAGUUACUCUCACUGUCACUAAUAAUAGGAUUGAAAAAUUAGAUGAAAUUAUUACCAAUCCAUCCUAUCAUUACCUGCAAAACUUAUACGCUGAUUAUAACGAAAUAUCAUCAAUAAAUAUUCUCGAAGGAUCGAAAUUUGCCAACACUUUUUAUUCUCUUUCUCUCCGCUUCAAUAAACUUAUCCCGACGUAUAUUUUGGUACCGAAACAAUACAAUGACUCAGAUGAAGUGAAUAGUUUUAUAAAACUCGGAGGAAAUGAAGUUUUUUGUGACUGUUAUGCAGCAAGAUAUCUCAAGGAUUGGCUUCUAUUAAAUGUCAUCGAUGACGAUCAAGUUUAUUGCAAAAAUUGUCUAGACCGAGUAGUCGAUUUGAAUGUAAAGCAAAUGUGCAAAUUUAAUAAUGAUCUGACUGAUUAUAUUUAUUGCAUUAUCACAAUUGAAGUAAUUUUACUGGUAACUGUAUUGACUAAGUUUUUUUUCGAUUAUUGGUACUACAAAAAAGAAGGUAAACUUCCUUGGUUUUCAAAAGUAAUACCGAAAUCACGUUUCGACUGGUUUUUUGAAAUUCAUUUGUAG